UUGAAUUUUUAUUUUUAAUGUUUACAUUUAUCUAUAAGAAACCACCUUACCAUCCAUAAUUCUGAAGAUACAGAUAAGUUUGUUAUGAAAUUAAAUUUAGCACAAAAAGUAGUUAAAAUAAAUUUUGAAAAUAACUAUGGAUUCAAACGACGUAUUAGAUGAUAAAGAUAGUGGUCCUGAAGUUCAGUUAAAUUUUCCUGCUUCUGUUAUGAGUCGAAUUGAAGAGUUGAUGGGAGGAACAGAACAAUUUGAUAGUGAUGAAUUCGAUGCAGUGGCAUACAUCAACCGGGUGUUCCCAACGGAGCAGUCUCUGUCGGCGGUGGAGGCGGCAGCAGCGCGUUGUGAGUUCCGCCUGGCCGCCGUACAGCAUGACAUGCGGCGGCUGGUGCGCGCUCAGCACGACCAGCGAGUGACUGGACAUGAGGCGCUCAAGGAGGCACAGCACUGUAUAUCAGAGCUGGCCUUACAGGUGGCGGACAUAAACAAGAAGGCGUCCCGCAGCGAGAGCAUGGUGCGGGAGAUCACGUCGGAGAUAAAGCAGCUGGACUGUGCCAAGUGGAACCUGACGUCCGCUAUCACCGCGCUCAACCACCUACACAUGCUGGCGGGAGGAGCGGCCACGCUGCGCUCGCUGGCGCAGAACAGACAGUACAAGGAACUGGUGCUGCCUCUGCAGGCAAUCAUGGAGGUGCUGCAACACCUGGAGUGCUACCGCGACAUCCGCGAGCUCAAUGUGCUGCGGGAGGACGUUCGAGUCAUCCGCUCACAGCUGGCCGACCAGAUCGUUGCCGACUUCAAGCAGGCCUUCACCGGCGGGGCUGGAAAGGGUGGCGUGUCGGCCCGCACACUGGGCGAGGCGUGUGGCGUGUUGGACGCACUAGAGCCGCGUGUCAAGCGGGACCUGCUCACGUGGUUCGUAGGGCUGCAGCUGCAGGAGUAUGAGCAUCUGUUCUCCCGCGAGCAAGAGUCCGCGUGGUUGGCACACAUCGAGCGCCGCUACGCGUGGCUCAAGAAGCACCUGCUGUCGUUCGAGGAGACGCUUGGGGCCGUGUUCCCGGCGCACUGGAGGCUUAGCGAGAGGAUCGCGUACCAGUUCUGCAAGGUGACGCGCGACAUGCUGAGCGAGGUGUUGGUGUCGCGGCGGGGCGAGGUGGACGUGAAACUGCUGCUGUACGCGAUACAGAAGACGAGCAACUUCGAGAUGUUGCUGCACAAGAGAUUUGUCGGUACCGAGACUCCGGCGGAGACAUCGGACACCCACGAGACAGAAGUUGGUUGUAGCGACAACAGAGACGAGUUCCCAGAGGAGGCGGAGUCCGUGCGGUGGUCGGGUGCAGUGGGCCGUUGCUUCGAGCCGCACCUCUCCAUCUACAUCGACUCGCUGUCCGACAAGCUGGCCGCCAUGCUGCAAACCUUCACACAGGAGGCGCGCUCGCUCGAGGUGGGCGCCGGCGGCGAGGGCGUGGCCAGCGGCGGCGGCGGCGUGCUGUCGAGCUGCGCCGAGCUGUUCGUGGUGUACAAGAAGUGUCUCGCGCAGUGCGCCGCGCUCUCCACGGCCGAGCCCAUGCUUGAGCUGGCGGGCGUGUUUCAACAGUACCUGCGGCAGUACGCGGGCGGCGUGCUGCAGGGGGCGCUGCCCCGGGCUCCGCCCCCCGCGCCCCUCAGCCACGUGCCUGCGCUCGUCACCAACCUGCACACCUUCCUGCGGGAUGACAGCGCCGCGCCCAGAUUCACAAAACAGGAGAUAGCGAAGAUUACAAGCGUCAUCACAACGUCGGAGUACUGUCUGGAGACCACUAUUCACCUCGAACAGAAGCUCAAGGAGAAGAUCGUGUCAAGACUCGCUUCCAAAAUAGAUCUCUCGCACGAACAGGAUCUCUUCCACAAGAUGAUAUCUACGUGCAUCCAGCUCCUGGUGCAGGACCUGGAGGUGUCGUGCGAACCGGCGCUUCAGGCCAUGACCAAGAUAUCAUGGCUCCACUACGACAUCGUCGGAGACCAGAGCUCCUACGUCACACAGAUCAUUAUGCAUCUGAAAAAUACAGUUCCAAAUCUCCGAGACAAUUUAGCAUCAUCUCGUAAAUACUUCACGCAGUUCUGCAUUCGGUUCGCUAAUUCCUUCAUCCCGAAGUUCAUCCAGAACAUUUACAAGUGCAAGCCUAUAUCCACGGUGGGCUCAGAGCAGCUGCUGCUGGACACUCACAUGCUGAAGACCGCCCUGCUGGAGCUGCCCUCGAUCGGGUCGGAGGUCAAGCGACAGGGGCCGUCCACCUACACGAAGGUCGUGAUCAAACUGAUGACAAAAGCCGAGAUGAUACUCAAGCUGGUGAUGGCUCCCAUCGACAACAACCUCGAAGGUUUCGUGGCGCAGUUCGUACAGCUGCUACCGGAGAGUGGGCUGGUCGAACUCCACAAGGUUCUGGACAUGAAGGGCACAAAGCUCUCCAAAGCGCAGCUCAGCUCGAUGGACGCCAAGUUCAAAGAUCUGUCUAGAUCUAACAGCGAGGUUGUUAAAUGAUGCUCGGGAAGUGAGUACCUGCUCCGGAAACAUGAUAGAUGCAGAAACCGUACAACCUCGAAGUCAUCUUGUAUUAUUGCUGAAGUACUUGUAGAUCAACCCAGAUUGUACUACAGGGGUUCAGUGUAACGUGAGUACAUGGUUGUCACCUAAACACUCCGUUAUUUAAAUUAUAAAUUUUUCUUAACUAGCUAAUGCUCGCGAUGUAAUUCGAGUGGACUGUAUAAAGCAACAAUAAUACUAUGCCUGCAUCUAGCGUGACAAUAUGUAGACUUUUCUUAAUAGUCACGCAAAAUUAGAAUCUAUUCAGUAGUUUUUGCGUUUUGCCCGGACAUACACACAGACUAACGGACACACAGUUAUAAAUUCUAUGAAGUAUUUUUUGGAUUCAGUGUUGUUUGUAGAACACACAGUUGCAGUAUUUCCAGUCCGUUCGUACAGCUGAGCACGUUUCAACUUAAAACAAGUAUGAAAUAAUAAAUCUGUCGGCAAAAGUCAAGAUAUUGUUCUAGUGUGGGCGGCAAUUAUACAAAACGUAAUUUUUUCCAUAUUCGGAUACAUGAAACUAAUUGCUUGCUAUGGGACUAGCUAGUCUAUAUUCAAACCAAUUGUAAACAUAUAAAUGGCGGUAAUUGAAUUGAUUGUCUCGUUUCGAAUUGAUUUAACACAAAUAUUAGCGAAAUUAACACUCAAGAUUACUCAAAAAAUUUGGUUAAUGGUGGGUUAAAAAAGGCCUAACUAAAUAUUUUUUUUAAAAAUGGCGGUAGUUUAAAAUAGGAUGAGCGAGGUCAUCACAGAGCGGUGAAUCUGUCGACGAGAAUGAUUGAAGAAAACCCGCUUGAUAACUCCGCAAUUGUAGGGCAGUUAUGUCCGACACUGUUUUCUAACAUUUAUAUACGGGCGGGAUAUAGUCAUGUAACAUUCCUUACUUAACUUUAACUAAUAUAAGAUACAAUAUGUCUAUAGAUAUUUAUUUAAAUAAUAAUGAAAUUAUUAAAUCGUAUAUAACCUA